CUCGUAUCCACAUAUCCAUUGGUGAUCAUUCAUGUGAUGAAGCAGCAGGUCCUAAACAUUGGAAGUGAUGAUGCCACAGUUACAGUGGCAGUUGCGAUGUUAUCGUUGCUGUGCACAUGUGGAGCAAUAACACUAACCCCCACCGCUAACGGUAACACCAAUCUUCACCCGUUGAUCCUAAUACCUGGCGCCGGAGGGAACCAACUAGAAGCUAAGUUGACCCAAGACUACAAACCCUCUAGCUUCGUUUGCAACUCCUGGUACCCUCUUUUCAAGAAAAAGAAUGGUUGGUUCAGACUCUGGUUCGAUUCCUCUGUCCUUCUUUCUCCUUUCACCAAAUGCUUCGCUGACCGCAUGAUGCUUCACUACAAUCAAGACCGAGAUGAUUACUUUAAUACCCCUGGGGUUCUCACCCGUGUCCCUCACUUUGGUUCCACCUCCUCCCUUCUUUAUCUCAAUCCUCGUCUUAAGUAUGUGACGGAAUAUAUGGCAUCCCUGGUAAAUUCAUUAGAAAAGCUUGGUUACAUUGAAGGUGAAACACUGUUCGGAGCACCCUAUGAUUUUCGUUAUGGUCUUGCAGGUGAAGGGCACCCAUGUGAAGUGGGAUCCAAGUUCCUUGAAGAUCUCAAGAAGUUGAUAGAAGAAGCAAGCGCUUCAAACGGUGGGAAGGAAGUGAUUCUUGUGUCCCACAGCUUAGGUGGUCUAUUCGCCUUGGAACUCCUUAACCGAAACGACCCUUCAUGGAGCAGGAAAUUCAUCAAACACUUGGUGGCACUUUCUGCACCAUGGGGUGGUGCAAUGGACGAAAUGCUCACUUUUGCAUCUGGCAACACUCUUGGUGUUCCCUUGGUGGAUCCAUUGAUAGUUAGACCUCAGCAGAGAAGCUCCGAGAGUAACUUAUGGCUUUUGCCUAAUCCCAAAGUAUAUGGUCAUCAUCAAAAGUUGCUCAUCACUCAAAAUAGAAGCUAUUCAGCACAUGACAUGCCUGAUUUUCUCAGAGAUAUUGGUUUUCUGGAAGGGGUUUAUCCUUAUAAAACACGCAUUUUGCCGUUAAUAGAGAACCUUAAAGCACCGGAACAAGUUCCUAUUACUUGUGUUAUAGGGAGUGGGGUCAGUACCCCGGAGAUUUUGUUUUACAGGAAUGGUGAUUUUGAUGAAGGACCAGAAAUUUUGUAUGGGGAUGGUGAUGGAACGGUGAACAUGGUGAGCUUGUUGGCCGUUCAGUCAUUAGUGGGAGAAGACAAUAAAAACCAAAGCAUCAAAGUGAUUAAGAUUGAUGGUGUGUCUCAUGUUUCAAUACUAAAAGAUGAAGUUGCACUUGAACAAAUAAUUGCUGAGAUUAGUAGAAUUAAUUCUCAUCACUCACAUACUGCUUUUGGCAACAUUUUUGUAGGUAGAUAGAUGAUGGUCAUAUAUAUGUCUGUAUGCAAAAAUUAAUGCCUCCUAUGGAGUUUAUAGUAUUUGAGUAAUUGAAUAAUUG